AAUAAAAACAAUAAUCUUUCUAUAUAUUUAUAUAUACAGAAUCUUCAUAUACUGCAUGUGCUAGUAAACCAAAAUCUCAAACAUCUGACAUACAGAACAUUUUUAUAGAUGUGAGUUGCUUUAUGAUAUUAUUCUUGUUUUUUCUGUUAAAUAAUAGUAGUACAAACUUUCAUACUUAUAAAUUUGCAGAAUAUGUACAAAAAUGAUGUGCAUGUAUAUAAAAAUAAAGUAAAAAAUUUAGAAUAUAGCUUGAAGGGACAAUGUAACAGUGAAAAAGAAAAUUGGAUUGCAGAGUUUAAGCAAGUUGAUAUAUCAAAUAAUGAUUUAGAGUAAUAAACUAAUGUUAUAAUUUUUAAUUUACAGGUAAACCAUUUAUAUCAGUUAAAAAUCAAUAUUUUUAUGCAUUAUGUUAUAAUUAAGAAAUGAGUGUGAGCACAUACAAUUGCUUUAUGUCUGAUACUUAUAGGAUAAUGGCUGGACAUCAUAAAUUAACCGAAAUUGAAUACUGUAACAGUUUUAAAUGUUUUUAUCGACCAGUUGUACCAUUUUUAGUAUCAAAAUCACAAAAUAUGAAUAUUCCUGUACGAUUUAAUCAUGAUAUUUUAAGUGAUAUAGUAACAAAUGCACAAAAACAAUGUUAUACAUUUUCACCUAAAUUGAAACCAUUUAGAAAUAUAGGAACUCAAACAGAUUAUCGGGAUAGUGACUCACAAACUGCACCUUGGAAUCCACCAUAUAAAAUUAAAUCAGGCCAUUAUCCUGAAGCAUUAUCAAUAGCACAUUUAUCUUGGAAUCAUGGAUUACAAAUUGGAAUUCAUGAUUUAGAAAUCAUUAAUAGAAUGAGAAAAAAAAGAGCAUGGGAAGCAGUUCUUCCUCCUAUGGAUACACCAGCAAAUAUAAAAAAGCGAUCAGCUAUAAUAAAUGCAUUAGAAAUAGAUGAAUGGGCAUUUAGAGAAUCAGAAAUUCAAGCAAUAGUGGAUUAUAGGCUUGAAUUAAUGGAUGAAAUAUCUAAAUCACAAGAAUAUGAAAAAGAAAAAAAGAUUCAAGGCCGUUUGGAUAGAUGGACAAAUUUUUUAUCUAUACGUAGAGAUAAAGAAAUAAACUCUAUUAAACACAAGCUUAGAAGAGAAUUGAGAAAACUAUAUAAAAGACAACAACAAAAAUCGCAACCUUUUAAACGUGAUAUUAUUAAAGAACAUGACGAUCCAUCUUCUGAAUUGUAUGCCCCACAAAUGCGUUAUGGCGAACAUCCUCAAAGAAGACAUGAAAUAAUAGAAAAAGAGUUGUUAGGAGAAGGCUGUAUCGAAAAUGUAACUGAAAUAAAUACAUUGCCAAAUUGGCUUCCAACAUAUGAAGAAUUAAGUGCAUUAAAGCCAAGAUCUAAGUCAGCUGAUUUAUGUAUCAGAGCAACAAGAUGGACAAAAGAAAAGUUAAGUCAAUUACAUAGUGACCUGAAAGCAAGUAGAUCAAGUACUAACACAAUAGAGGCACCACUAUUAUUGAAACGCAAAUAUAAAUUGCCAUCUCUACCUUCUACACCAUAUAGAAAAAGCACAGAAGAUAUAACAAAUAAACGUCUGCAUCAAUUGUCUAUACUUAUUCAAAAAAUAAUUAAAGGAAGAGCUAUCCAAUGCAUGAUGUUCGAAGGCCGCAAUAGAUGUAGAGAAUUAAUCGAAGAAUUACAAUCAUCUUAUGGAUUAGAAGAAUAUAGUAAAAAACAACAUCAAGAAGAAAAAGUGCAUAUGUUAGAAUUACAACAGUUACAAAGUGAAAAAUCUAUGCAAGAAGAUCGUUUGUAUGAAAUUCUUAAUUCUUUAGAAGGAAUGACUAUAUCGGGAAUGCUAGAUUUUCUUAGCAAAGAAUUAAUAAGAUUAGAGGAUGAACGUCGAAUACAUGCUUUUGCAUUAUUGGCUGAAAGAGAAAGAGCUAUGAGAGAAGCAGCAGAAGCUGGAAGACGUCAGUUAGAAUAUAAUCGUCGUAGGGAAUUUGACGAAAUGUUUAGGCAAACUAUGAAAGUUAAUCAAGAAUCUGUGGAAAGUUAUUUAGAAGAUAUAAUAAAAGAAGGCAUUGAAUGGAUAUCUGAUGAAGCGACUAAAGCAUAUAUUUCGGAAUUGUGCGAUAAAAUAGACAGUAUAUCAAAAGCUGCGCAGAACAAUGCAACAAAAUUAUCAGAAGAAGAAAUGGUUGCUAAUAUGAUUUAUAAUUUUGUAUUACCUGAAGUGGAAAAAACUACUGUACGAAAGAAUAUAAGAGAAAAGCAACAAGUUUAUUUGCGGAAUGCACAUGCUGUAAUUUAUGAAGAGAUAUUCAAUUUGCCACUUGUUGAAGACAAAAGUUUAUUAGAUAAAGAAUCUGAAGAAAAACAUGGCGAAAAAAUUGAGUCACAGAAUUAAAUAUCUUAAAAAAUUAUAAUAAAUAUUAUUAUUCCUUAGAAUAUUUUACUUUCGAUCUUUUGUUAUUUCAUGUUAUAUUACAUUAUUUUAGUUAGAAAUAUGUCCAAUAAUAAUUAUGUAGAGUAUUAUCUCAAGUGUAUUUUCGCAUAUGACCACGUAUUACAACAUAAAAUUUACAAAACAAAAAUACAAUACAGGACACUUUAAUUAUUUUGUAUUGUUAUAGAUAAUAAAAAAACGAUCAUAAUUAACAGAGAGAGAGAGAGAGAGAAUUAUUAAAAAUUUUAAUGUUUACAAUUGAAACAGGCAUAUAAACAAAUAAGUGAGCCAAAUUCAAAAUUAUUGGUCAAAGGAAUUUGAAACCCGAAUACCGUUUUUUAGUAAAAUAUUUAGCCGGAAGCGUUUCUUGCAAAUUUUUUGGAUGUUACACUUGAAUAAGAAUGCUUCAAAAGCUCAAGACUUCAGAACGAGAGUUCAAAAAGUAAACAAUUUCAUCGAAUACUUGGACGAAAAAUUCCGAGAGUAUUUUGUACCCGGAAAAGAAGUUUCUAUAAACGAAGCUGUUGUGAAAGUUAAGGGGAGGAUUACUUUUAUAAACUAUAAUCCACAGAAACCUACUAAAUGGGGAAUACGGAUAUUUGUCCUGGCCGACGCAAAAUCCGCAUACGUUUAUGACAUUUUACCAUACUAUGGCGAACUUACAUCGCAAGAUCUUAUAAAACCGGAUCUGCCAGUAUCAUCACGAAUAGUUUUACAUCUGUGUAACAAAUUGUUACAUUCCAUUCCUGACUGUGCAGGAUAUCACGUUUACACAGAUAGAUACUGUCCAAGUUUAGUCCUGGCAGAGGAAUUGUUACUAAUGAAGUGUCAUAUAACAGGUACAAUACAAAAAAAUCGCAAACACAUACCACAAGAAAUUUCCAAUCCGAAAUUUAUCAAUUCAAAUACAAUUGCAAUGCGCCAUUCAAAUUACUUACUCCUUGCUUGGAAAGACAAACGAAUUGUCACUAUGUUGAGCAUGUAUCACACCUUUGGGUCAAGAGUCAUAACUAGAUCAUCACAAAAUUAUACUAUUGAAGAAGCUUCAAAACCAAAUGUGAUUGCUGAUUAUACAAGUAAUAAGGGUGAUGUAGAUAAAGCCGAUCAAUAUGCAUCAAAAUAUUGUUUCCUGAGAAAAUCGUUGAAAUGGUGGCGGAAAUUGUUUUUUUGGGGACUAGAAACGAGCGUAAUAAAUGCUUAUAUACUUUACAAGAUUUCUCAGGAAAGGAAAGGAGAAAGCGCUUUGUCACACUGUAAGUUUGUCAAAUUAUUAGUAAGUCAGCUCGUAAGUAAUUUUCGGAGUAACAAUGUGUAUGGCAGGCCUUCUGGAACAGAUAAGGAACAACGUUUAGAUGGGAAACUCCAUAUAAUAAAUCAGUUGCCAAAAGGGAAAAAGAAAAAAUGUCUUGUUUGUUCACCAAAAGGAAGUAACGCGGUAAAAAAACAAACAGUUUUCUACUGUGAGACCUGUGAAUGCAAACCCGGUUUGCAUCCCAAUGAAUGUUUUAAAAAAAUUACACACAUUACUUAAUUAUAUUUAAUAUAAAUAUUUUAAUCAAAAUUAUAUUACUUCUAAGACGAAUAAACAUUGUUUUGAAUGACUUUAA